ACCCCAACCCCAACCCCACCCAUCGGGCUCCGCGGUACCGCAUUGGCAUCAGUGAAGGCACCUGAGCACAAUCUUCCAUCUCGCGUGGAAAAGGAUCUCAUAAGGCCCCCUGAAGCGCAUCCGGAGUGAGGAGAUUUUUUAUUUGUGUGUGUGUGUGUGUGUGUGUGUGUGUGUGAGUGUGUGUGCGUGCGUGUGUGUCCAGCAUCAGAGCUCAGCGGGGGGGGAAAGAAGAGAAGAGAAGAGAAGAGAAGCGCGCGAAGAUGCAGACGCGGAGCAGCGAAGUCUGAAGGUGAAAUGAACCUGAGGAGACGCGCACUGAGAAAGAAGUGGAGAUAGCAACAAAAAACCGCCAGUGUCUUUUUCCUUCAGAGCUUUUUUUAUUAUUAUUUCUACAAAAAGCGCGCACCCAAAGUCGCCUCUUUUUCUUUUUUUUCUUCUUUUUUUUUUAGUAAGUUGCGCAAACAUGGCGACCCUAAUCAGGAGCAAGCUGUCCAACAAGCUGUCCAACGCGGCCACCACCGUCACCAACAAAUCGCAGGCCAAAGUCAGCGGCAUGUUCGCCAGGAUGGGCUUCCAGGCCGCCACGGACGAGGAGGCGCUGGGCUUCGCCGCCUGCGACGACCUCGACUACGACCACCGGCAGGGCAUGCAGAUGGACGUGCUGGCCGCCGACGACAAGCCCGGGGAGGGCGAGGGCGACGGCGACGGGCUGGAGGGCGACAGCCACUACCAGAGGCAGGGCACCGGGCCGGCGCGCUCCGUCUCCAAGGACGGGGAUCCGGCGAGCGAACUGGAGGAGGUCAGACCCAAAAUCACCGCAUGGGAAGCGGGGUGGAACGUCACCAACGCCAUCCAGGGGAUGUUCGUCCUGGGGCUGCCCUACGCCAUUCUCCACGGGGGCUACCUCGGACUCUUUCUCAUCAUUUUUGCCGCCGUGGUGUGCUGCUACACGGGGAAAAUCCUCAUCUCUUGUCUGUACGAGGAGGACGAGGACGGGCGGCUGGUGCGAGUGCGGGACUCCUACGUGGACAUUGCCAACGCCUGUUGCGCGCCCCGGUUCCCCACGCUGGGGGGCCACAUUGUGAAUGUAGCCCAGAUCAUCGAGCUGGUGAUGACGUGCAUCCUGUACGUGGUCGUCAGCGGCAACCUGAUGUACAACAGCUUCCCCAACAUGCCCAUCUCGCAGAAGUCCUGGGCCAUCAUCGCCACCGCCGCCCUGCUGCCCUGCGCUUUCCUCAAGAACCUCAAGGCCGUGUCCAAGUUCAGCCUCCUCUGCACCUUGGCCCACUUCGUCAUCAACGUGCUGGUCAUCGCCUACUGCCUGUCCAGGGCGCGGGUGUGGGCCUGGGACAAGGUCAAGUUCUACAUCGACGUUAAGAAGUUCCCCAUCUCCAUCGGCAUCAUCGUGUUCAGCUACACGUCGCAGAUCUUCCUUCCGUCGCUGGAGGGCAACAUGCAGAAGCCCAGUGAGUUCCACUGCAUGAUGAACUGGACGCACAUCGCGGCCUGCAUCCUCAAGGGCCUCUUCGCUCUGGUGGCCUACCUGACCUGGGCCGACGCCACCAAGGAGGUCAUUACGGACAACCUGCCGCCGGGCAUCCGCGCCGUAGUCAACCUCUUCCUGGUGUCCAAAGCCUUGCUCUCCUACCCGCUGCCCUUUUUUGCCGCCGUGGAGGUCCUGGAGAAGAGCUUCUUCCAAGAAGGGGGUCGCACCUUCUUCCCGGACUGCUACGGCAGCGACGGCCGCUUGAAAUCCUGGGGACUGACGCUGCGCUGCAGCCUGGUGGUCUUCACGCUGCUCAUGGCCGUGUACGUGCCACACUUCGCCCUGCUCAUGGGUCUGACGGGCAGCCUGACGGGGGCGGGCCUGUGCUUCCUGCUGCCCAGCCUCUUUCACCUCAAGCUGCUGUGGAGGAAGCUCCAGUGGCACCAGGUCUUCUUCGACGUGGCCAUCUUCGUCAUCGGCGGUAUAUGCAGCAUUUCCGGCUUCAUCCACUCCACGGAGGGGCUCAUCGAGGCUUUCAGAGACAACAUAGAGGAAUAGGAACGGGUCCUCCCGAUCCCAACAUCGGCUGGCCCUCUUCAGUUCAUGCGUCAAAAGUGUGUGCGUGCUUGCAACCAUACCGCUUUAGGGAAUUCGCACGCACCCGCAAAGUCACGAUGAGGCGCAACCGCGCACGCUUAACGUAGGGUCUUCUUUCACUUGUCGGUGGGUGUGUACGUUGGAAUAGCGAGGCCUUGCAUUAACAUGUCAAAGUUAUUCACCAAGCCAAACGGACAUUUUGCGCAAAGGUAUUGCUUUACCUUGAUCUGGUCGAACACGCACUAUAUUGCCAAAAGCGUUUGGCCACCCAUCCAAAUGAUCACAAUCAGGUGUCCUAACCACAGGUGUAUAAAAUCAAGCACUUGGGCUGAAAAACAACCCCACACCAUAAUUCUUCCUCCACCAAAUUUCACACUCGGCACAAUUCAGUCCGAAAUGUAACGUUCUCCUGGCAACCGCCAAACCCAGACUGGUCCAUCAGAUUGCCAGACGGAAAAGCGUGAUCCAUCACUCCAGAGAACACGUCUCCAGUGCUCUAGAGCAUUGGUUCUUAACCUUGUUGGAGGUACCGAACCCCACCAGUUUCAUAUGCGCAUUCACCGAACUCGAACCAUAAUCAUAAAAUGAUGUUGUUAUAUUAAAGAAAUACUAAUAAAGGUAGGGCAGCACGGUGGAAGAGGGGUUAGUGCAUCUGCCUCACAAUACGAAGGUCCUAAGUAGUCUUGGGUUCAAUCCCGGGCUCGGGAUCUUUCUGUGUGGAGUUUGCAUGUUCUCCCCGUGACUGCGUGGGUUCCCUCUGGGUACUCCGGCUUCCUCCCACCUCCAAAGACAUGCACCUGGGGAUAGGCUGAUUGGCAACACUAAAUUGGCACUAGUGUGUGAAUGUGAGUGUGAAUGUUGUCUGUCUAUCUGUGUUGGCCCUGCGAUGAGGUGGCGACUUGUCCAAGGUGUACGCCGCCUUCCACCCGAUUGUAGCUGAGAUUGGCUCCAGCGCCCCCCGCGACCCCAAAGGGAAUAAGCGGUAGAAAAUGGAUGGAUGGACUAAUAAAGGUAUAUUUUACAAACGGAAAGUUACAGGAAUGUACACAUGAUCCCAUGUUUACAUCUCAUUGUGCAACAUGUGAAUGUUUUAGUGGGAACUACCGUAUUUUUCAGAGUAUAAGUCGCACCGGAGUAUAAGUCGCACCUGCCAAAAAUGAAUAAUAAAGAAGGAAAAAAACAUAUAAAAGUCGCACUGGAGCCCGGCCGAACUAUGAAAAAAACUGUGACUUAUAGUCAGAAAAAUACGGUAAAUGCGAUUUCUGAAAGGGGUAGACAUUAUUUCCAAAGCAGGACCCCCCCACCCAGACAUAUAAUACUAGUACACAGCUCAUGAAAAACAAUAUGUUAUAGUCAUUGUAAGUGGGUCAAAACACUUAUAUUAGAAAAUAAUCUCAUGGAAAUGACAAUAUAUAAUAAUAAAACAUUGAACUUGUUAUUUAGUCAGGUUUGGGACAGGUGUGCUGCAGGUGUGACCACAGUGCACGUGCACGUCUGACGUCGCUCACAUGUGCUCCACCGAAUGCUCAAGGAGUUUCUGCGUUUGCUCACACAUAUGGAAAAUUAGAGGGAACGUUGUUUGGGGGUAUCCAUAAUACGCCAACAGGGAGAAGUUUUUGUUUACACGAUGAGUCGGGUGUGUCUUGACCUCCGCGGCGGAGGCUCUGUCGAACCCCUGAGGCCGACUCACCGAAACCCUAGGGUUCGAUCGAACCCAGGUUAAGAACCACUGCUCUAGAGUCCAGUGGCGCAUCCGACGCUUUGCAUUGGACUUGGUGAUGUAUGGCUUAGAUGCAGCUGCUCGGCCAUGGAAACCCAUUCCGUGGAGCUCUCUGGGUACUGCACGUGGGCUAAUUGGAAGGUCACAUGAAGUUCGGUGCUCUGUAGCAACUGACUGUGCAGAAAGUCGACGACCUCUUUGCACUAUGCGCUUCAGCAUCCGCUGACCCCUUUCUGUCAGUUUACGUGGCCUACCACUAGGUGGCUUAGUUGCUGUUGUUCCCAAACAGCCAACAGUUGACUUUGGAAUAUUUAGGAGCGAGGAAAUUUCACGACUGGAUUUGUUGCGCAGGUGGCAUCCUAUGAUAGUUCCACGCUGGAAAUCACUGAGAGCGGCCCAUUCUUUCACAAAUGUUUGUAGUGCUUGAUUUUAUAUAUUAGGACACCUGAUUCUGAUCAUUUGGAUGGGUGGCCAAAUACUUUUGGCAAUAUAGUUUAGUUAUUUUGAAAGAAUAGACUUAAUUUCUUGAAGAAAACAUGCAAUGAUUCACAAAAGGUCAGCUGAAAUUAGAUGAAUAAAUACAUCAAAACAGCAGUAGAAACACGUGUUGAUGUAUUUGAAUGAAAAAAUAACAAUAAUUAAUUCAAACAUAUGAAAGAUAUUUUCCUUGGAGAUUGGACCUUAGCAUCUAUUCAAACUAUGCAUUGAAUGUAUGAUAUUUCUCCAGCUCACAAAAAAGUUAGUUGGCGAAUCAUUACAAAUAGUUCAUCAAAUUUGAUUAAGCGUAUUCUUCGUGGUAGGUUGAAAUCAUUUUUAACUUGGUUUUUUUAGCUUUGAUUGGCAAAUGGAAUUCAACUCCAAAGGCAACAUUUGACAUGACAUCCAAAACAUGUGGGCCGUCUCACCAUGAAUUCGAUAUUGGAAACUGUCUUGAAACUUGAUGUGUGAAAAUCUAUCUAAAAAAAAAGAAAAGACUAAAUCCAAAAAAUAAAAAGGGAGAGGGGGAUUAUUGUGCAUAUGGGCAGUUUUCAUUCUGAUGUGCAAUCAAAAUGGGUCCUGUGGAAAUGUUACUUGAAAAAAAACAAAAAAAACAAUACGUGUAGUGUGUUUAUUGUGGUUUCAAAACAGAUGGAAUGUAUAUCUCAAAGUCGUCAUAACGUGGAAAACUAAUAUUAAAUAAUAAAGAUGAAGUAAAAUUAUAUUGUAAAAAUCAAAUGUGUGUGGUCUUAUGUAACACUAAAAUGUUCAAAACAUGUAUUUUCCCUCCAACUCCUCGGUAAUAAAGGACAGAAAAUGAUGCAAAAACAAGCUUCUUUUCUUGUUGUCCCUUUUAACGCACGUGCCGGACUAACAAUAGCCAGAUAUAGAAAAUGUGCAAUGUUCUUCACGCUUUGUGCUCAUAUUAGAAGCAGAGUUUGUGCUCCAAGCAUGCAGAAAAAGACCUUCUGCUCCAACCUGUUCAUCCACACUGUUGUUUCAAACGCAACAUCUGGACCAGUGUUUUUCAACCUUUUCUGAGCCAAGGCACAUUUUUUUCAUAGAAAAAAUCCGGAGGCACACCACCAGCAGAAAACAUAAAAAAAUUAAACUCAGCAGCCGUUAUUGACAGUAAAAAGUCAUUCUCGCAAUUGUUGGAUAGGACUUUAAACCAUAACCAAGCAUGCAUCAAUAUAGCUCUUGUCUCAAAGUAGGUGUACUGUCACUGCCUGUCACAUCACGCCCUAACUUAUUUAGAGUUUUUUGCUGUUCUCCUGUGUGUAGUGUUUUAGUUCUUGUCUUGCGCUCCUAUUUUGUUGUUAAUUGUCAUGGCAUGUAUGGAUGUACUUUGUGGACGCCGUCUGCUCCACACGCUGUAAGUUAAGUUCAAGUUAAAGUUAAAGUACCAAUGAUUGUCACACACACACACUACGUGUGGUAAAAUUUGUCUUCUGCUUUUGACCAAUCUCCUUGUUCACUCCAUGGGAGUUGAGGGGAGCAGUGAGCAGCAGCAGUGGCCGUGCCCAGGAAUCAUUUUUUUGGUGAGUUAACCCCCAAUUCCAACCCUUGAUGCUGAGUGGUAAUGGGUCCCAUUUUUAUAGUCUUUUGUAUGACUCGGCCGGGGUUUGAACUCACAACCUACAGAUCUCAGGGCGGACACUCUAACCACCAGGCCACUGAGUAAGUCUUUGCUGUCGUCCAGCAUUCUGUUUUUGUUUACUUUGCAGCCAGUUUAGUUUUAGUUUCGUUCUGCAUAGCCAUCCCUAAGCUUCAAUGCCUUUUCUUAGCGUCACUCGUCUUUUGUUUAUUUUUAGUUUAAGCAUUAGAUACCUUUUUACUUCAUACUUGCCAACCCUCCCAGAUUUUCCGGGAGACUCCCGAAAUUCAGCGCCUCUCCCGAAAACUUCCCGGGACAAAUUUUCUCCCGAAAAUCUCCCGAAAUUCAGGCGGACCUGAGUGACGUGUCAACAGCCUGUUUUCACGUCCGCAUUCCCACAAUAUAAACAGCGUUCCUGCCCAAUCAUGAGGGCGAGUUAUUGGUUUCUUAUGUGGGUUUAUUGUUAGGCAGUUUCAUCAACGUCCUCCCAGCGCGGCAACAACACACAACAACAGCAGUCACGUUUUCAUCUACCGUAAAGCAGUUCGUCUGCCGUAAACAGCAAUGUUGUGACACUCUUAAACAGGACAAUACUGCCAUCUACUGUACAUGCAUAUGUGACAAUAACAUCUAGGGCUUUUAGAGAGUGCAGUGCACAACUGCACACACAACAAGGAGACGAAGCAGAAUGCAUCAUCAGAGAGGGUGUUC